AUGACACAAGAUAGUGAACUUGAUUUCGCUCUGGCUUAUAAGCAAAUAAAUGAAGCAGAAGUUCAGGCAGACAGUUUAGAGAAGAUGUUGGACCAACUUGAUGCCAAGAUGGACUCGAUAUUGAAAGAGGCCGAAAACAUAAAUUUCAACGGUACUAAUGAAACGAAUAAAAAUAAUGAAGAUAAUUCAGAACCAUCGAAUUAG